AUGGAAAGAAGUCGAGCAACGUUUCCUACAGCAUUCGGUGAUGCCAUACGGUCGGUGUAUGACCACUUUCACAAAUGGAAAGCGGCGGAGUGGUCUAAUUGGUGCCAGAUAUUCGCUCCCGUGUAUCUCAAAGGACAUCUCCCCAACGAGGACUACAAGGAAUUCAUGACCUUCGUGAGUGCAGUACGUACCUCCUGCGAUUACACGGUUACAUCAUCGGAAUGCCGGGACAUACGCCAGUCGAUGGCACGCUUCAUGAGGUAUUACGAGCGUAGGUACUAUCGUCGAGAUUGGGCACGUCUAUCAGCUAUGCGCCCUGUCUUUCACUCCCUCGCCCAUGUAGCAGAGUGCAUCGAGGAUGUAGGCCCUGGUUGGGUGUACUGGCAGUAUCCAAUGCAGCGCCUCUGUGGACUACUGACAUCGAAGAAUCACCUCAGCUUCACGAUACGUACCGAAGAGCAUGUAGCGGCAGGUUUAGACGGAGAAGAGUCCGAGAUAGAAGAGGAGGCGCCCAGGCAUGUUGACGGUGCUAAAAUAUAUGAGAUAUAUAUAGGUAUCGUAAAGGCAUACCAAAACCGUGAGAAAGGGAAAGAAUUAUCGGAUAUCCGGCUCUCUGAGACGAGCGACGGCAUCUACCUUAAAGGGAAAGCAAAGACACACGUAUUCCGGGAAGCGGAGACCUCCUGCCUACAGACCUUCUUCGACACUGAGCUCCUACUGAAGCAUAUCACGGUCUUCAAUCCUUCGGGAGAGGGUGCCCCGUUGAUGCCUCCCGAAGCUAUUCCGAGCAGCACCAUGAAGAGGUAUAGAGCUGUAUUCGUUAAUCCGGACCAAGCUAGUGAGAGCUUCCUUGUUCCCUCUGCCGACAUGUCCCCCCGUAGCGAAACAAAGACAGCAUCGUGGGUCAGAUACGAGCAGGUUCUGAACGAGAAGGAGGUGCGCGCCAAUGUAAGGGUUGAUGAAGAGGAUGAAGAGGAUGACGAUUAUACUCGCAGUGCAUUUGGUGAAGUGCGUUAUUUCUUUAGUAUAUCCCCUGAAGAAGGACACGUGGAGGCUGCAUCGAGGCUCCGCCCUGCGUACAAGAUGGCCUUUAUCGAAUGGUAUCCCGUCUACGCUGAUGGACUCCUUGUAUACAGUGAUGUACGUGAGAAACCUAAGCUUGAAUUAGUACCGGUGGAGGAUAUCAAAGAGCUGAUUGGGCUGCUAAAGAAGGAGCAGCGACGGUAUAUUGUGGGGAAGACGAGGUCAAUACAGUGGAAAAGAGAUAGAUGA